UGAUCGUUCAUUUUCCCUUUUUCCACGCAAGACGAGAUGGCUGCGAUCAACCUGAGCGAAGGCGAAUGGCGCGCCAAGCUGAGCCCGGAACAGUUCCGUGUUUUGAGGCAAAAAGGAACGGAGCGUGCGGGUACAGGAGCUUACAACAAGCACAAAGCCGAAGGCGUGUACACGUGUGCUGGCUGCGACGCCCCACUCUACACAUCAGCUCACAAAUUCGACUCGGGCUGUGGAUGGCCGGCGUUUUUCGACGCCAUUCCAGGCGCGAUCAAAGCUAUCCCGGAUGUAGACGGGCACCGCACGGAGAUCGUGUGCGCCAACUGCGACGGUCACAUGGGCCACGUGUUCCGAGGCGAAGGCUUCAAAACCCCCACGGAUGAACGCCACUGCGUCAACUCGGUCUCGAUCAACUUUAAGGCCGCUGACAACUGAGCUCCAUCUCUCUAUCCGUGAGAAGAAUUUUUUCUCCUCUUAAUUAGCAUGAUGGAACAACAUGCAACUCUGUUAACUCGGAAUUUAUGUGCACUUGGAACUAUCUAUACACGCAGGUCUG